AGAAGAAGAAGAAGACCAACGACAACAGAGUUGAGUGCAAAAACGAUUCUUCACAACUUGUAAAAGGAUCUUUGAUUUUUCUUCUUCAGAACUGGUUGGAGGAAAGGAAGAGAUGUUUUCACUGAUGCAUGGACUGUGGAGUUACAUGUUCAGCAAGACUGAGUUCCAUGUCCUCAUUCUCGGUAUCGACAAAGCUGGCAAGACGACGUUUUUGGAGAAGUUGAAGACGAUCUACUCAAUCUCUGAAGGUCUUCCGCAUGAUCGAAUCGUCCCCACUGUUGGCCUUAACAUUGGUCGUAUUGAAGUCUCUAAUGCCAAAAUUGUGUUUUGGGACCUCGGCGGUCAGCCUGGUUUGCGUUCGAUUUGGGAGAAGUAUUACGAAGAAGCACACGCAUUGAUAUAUUUGAGCGAUGCAGCUUGCCCUUCUCGCUUUGAAGAGUCUAAAUCUGCUCUAGAAAAAGCACUGCGGCAUGAGGAUUUGCAAGGAGCGCCUCUUUUGAUAUUGGCAAACAAGCAAGAUCUCUCAAAUGCUGUUUCGGCUGAGGAACUGGAUCGAUACUUGGAUCUAAAGAAACUGGACGAAAGGGUGUACAUGUUUGAAGCAGUUUCUGGAUAUGAUGGAAGAGGAAUCAAGGAAAGUGUAGAAUGGCUGGUGGGUGUGAUGGAGAGAAGCAAAAGAACCGAAACACUGAGAGCUCGUACCGGAUAUGUUCCUGUCCCAUCUUCCUAGACAUUGGAGAGAUUCUCAAACCAUUUUGUAGAUAAAAGAAACAGACCAGAAUGUUGCAUUUUUUUGGGUUGUUGCAUGAUGAGUAGGUGUAGCAAUCUUCUUUAAAUUUGUUUUUUUUUUGUCACGCACUCAUGUCAUUCAUCGAUUUUUUUUCAUCUGCACUA